CACUCUGCAAUAGGAAGAGAGAAAAGAAUGGAGGUGAAUGAGGGGAGAUGAACGCUUUCCUGUAGACUACCUGAAAAGACAGUGAUUUCUAGGUGGAAGUUGGCAAUGUACAUCUGGGCCAAGUCUUAUCUAGCCAAAUCCUAGAAGUUGGAUUUUUAUGACGUUUUAAGUAAUGCAGUUUGAAGAAGUCUGCCCACAGUAAGUGGUUGGGACUGGGUCAGUAUCAAAGAAAUGUGUUAUUGUACUGACUUUUUACUGUAAGUCUGUUUGGUAUCUCAGCUCUUGAUGCAAAAUCUGGGAAACUGGAGGACCUUUCUUACUUUAAUAAGAGAACUAAGCUUGUAAAGUUUGCUGAAGGUUUGACACAUUGUUCCAGUUACCUAUUUGGUAAGUAUUUGUGUAUUGCUAGAAAUGUAUGGAUUCUUUUUACCAGCUGAAAUAUUUGCAGAGGAUACUUCAUCAUUAAAAAACAGCAUUAUCGUGGAUCCAUUCUCAGCCUCAUCAAAUUGCAGUAGCACAACAUCUGAAAAACAUAACUUGAUUCAAAACAACCUUGAAUCACCGAUGCGACUUUGAGGGGAGGCACCAGCAACAUAAGAUGAUUGCAGUACGGUUUUCACUCCAUGGAAGGUGUGCUCAGUGUUUUGCAGUGCCAUGCAUGUUCUGAUACAUGGCAUACACCUGCACUGGCUCAAUCAGCGGACAAUCGACCAAAACAUGCAGAUGCUGAGAGAAAUGCUUGAAGAAGUUGAAGAAAUAGAGGUCACCUGAUGUGAAGCUUCUAGAUAUCACUUGCUGGCUUCAGAGUGGGUGGAUUCAGCUUCCUUCUGGAUCCUGAGCAAGUCACCUGUGAGAGAUCUUGUUUUCUGCUGGGUGUACAGACAGCAUGGAAGGGGAGAGCAUCUAUGGGGUUGAUUCUGAAGAUGGACCUGGAGCUGAUAUUAUUUCUACAGUUGAGUUCAACCACACUGGAGAACUGCUGGCUACUGGUGACAAGGGGGGUCGGGUUGUUAUAUUCCAAAGGGAACCUGAGAGUAAAAAUGAGCCUUACAGUCAGGGGGAGUACAAUGUUUACAGCACUUUCCAGAGCCAUGAACCUGAAUUUGAUUAUUUGAAGAGCUUGGAGAUAGAAGAAAAAAUAAACAAGAUCAAGUGGUUACCACAGCAAAAUGCAGCUCACUCACUUUUAUCAACAAAUGAUAAAACAAUCAAGUUAUGGAAAAUUACUGAAAGAGAUAAGAGACCAGAGGGGUACAACUUAAAGGAUGAAGAAGGAAAGCUGAAAGAUCUUUCUACAGUAACGUCACUACAGGUGCCUGUAUUGAAACCUAUGGAUUUGAUGGUAGAAGUCACUCCCCGGAGAAUCUUUGCUAAUGGUCACACCUAUCAUGUCAACUCAAUAUCUGUCAACAGUGACUGUGAGACGUACAUGUCAGCGGAUGAUCUCAGGAUUAAUCUCUGGCACUUAGCAAUCACGGAUAGAAGCUUCAACAUUGUAGAUAUAAAGCCAGCCAAUAUGGAGGACCUGACAGAAGUAAUUACAGCCUCUGAGUUUCAUCCCCAUCACUGCAAUCUCUUUGUCUACAGCAGCAGCAAAGGCUCCCUGAGACUCUGUGACAUGAGAGCAUCAGCCCUCUGUGACAAACAUUCCAAGCUUUAUGAAGAACCAGAAGACCCCAGUAAUAGAUCAUUUUUUUCAGAAAUUAUCUCUUCAGUGUCAGAUGUCAAAUUCAGUCACAGCGGUAGAUACAUGCUAACAAGAGAUUACCUCACUGUCAAGGUUUGGGAUCUGAACAUGGAAACAAAGCCUGUAGAAACGUACCAGGUCCACGAUUACCUUAGGAGCAAGUUGUGUUCCCUCUAUGAAAACGACUGCAUCUUUGACAAGUUUGAAUGUGCGUGGAAUGGAUCAGACAGUGUCAUCAUGACAGGUGCAUAUAACAACUUCUUUCGAAUGUUUGACCGUAACACCAAGCGGGAUGUGACCUUGGAGGCAUCCCGCGAGAGCAGCAAACCCCGCGCUAUUCUCAAGCCCCGGAGAGUCUGCGUUGGUGGCAAACGGAGGAAAGAUGACAUCAGUGUCGACAGUUUGGACUUUACUAAGAAGAUCUUGCACACAGCGUGGCACCCGACCGAGAACAUCAUUGCUAUAGCAGCGACAAACAAUCUCUACAUAUUUCAGGAUAAAGUGAACUCAGAAAUGCACUAGGUUUAUCAAUACCCCUCUGUAUCUACAAACCAGCCUCUUGAGAGUUGUAAAAGGAUGUGAUCUUCUCAAAAAUUAGGGCUUCUGUGGUGGGAUUUGUAGGUUGCAUCCUUUCAUCCCUCAGCCUGUAUCAUUACUGGUGGCAAGCCAACUAUUCUCAUCACUGCAACUGUAUGAGUAAAAGGCACGACUGCAAAUCCAGCCCAGUGGUCUGUGUCGGUUCCUUAAUCCCACAGGGGCACUUACACAGCUGGAGAGUGUUCUGAGGAGGUCUGGGACUCCUCAGCUCCUGUCAGUGCUUUGAGGGUCUCAGUGGUUCACAGGACCACGUCGUUCUGGUGCACUGCCUGCUUCUGCGGCCCACACUUACCACACUGUUAGAGCUUCUGCUUUAAUCUUUUGAUCAGUAUUUCUUUUUCAGUAACAUUUUUCCAUCUUUCAACUAAGCUGAGCCUGUUUGUGCGCGAACGAAUGAGUAGCCGCAUCCCUUUGGACCACGUGGCACCUUGGAAGGGCCUCCCAAAUUCCUGCUGGUGAGAAGCUGCCCUGUGUCACCUGUCCCAUUCCCUUCUUUGCACUCUUGUAUUAUGUAUUCACAUUACUAACAUUGUGCUUUGGCUUCCUGAGUGAAUAAGCAGCUGGCUGCUGGAGUUACUCAGCCAACUUGUUUCAGGAAGUUCGUUCUUCCUCAAUCUCUUUGCUCUGUUUAAUAUUUAGCAGCUUUCCCCCUAACUGGGCAUUGCUGCUGCUCGGGGACCGGCUGCUCAAACACAGCCCAGCAGAGUUAAUCCAUAAGCCUACGCUGUCGCCUGGGGGGGGAGUUCUGGAAGCCUUGGCUAACAGUGCUGUCCUUGGAGGCAAAUCCUGACUUCAGUGGAAGUAAAGUCACAGCUCUGCUGGCCACUCCAGGAAAUCCCAUGUUUGCUCAGUGCAGAAUGGUUAUUCUUGUCCUGGCAUAUGGGGAAUACAAACAACGCCGUGAUAGCUGUAGCUAUAAGAAGAAUGGUGCUGUGAGAGGUGGCUUUGCUCAGUGAACUGUGAGAUGUCAGCGAGCCCAGUGCUGGGUGAUGUGGGUAUUCCUGGAGAAAGAGGAAAACACAAAGUCCAAACCAAACCUUCUUCCACAUAAACACAUCACUGUGAGAUCUAUAGCUCUUACAGAUCUGUCUUUGCUUUCAAAUGAAUAGGAUGAAAGUACAUGGAAUUAUGUGCUCCAUUUGGGAAGUCCAUGGGAACAGUGUAGUGCUAGGAGAACUUCAAGCACAAGAAAGUUCUGUCUGCCUCCCUAACAGCUCUGGAAGAAAAACUGAUAUCCCAAAGGAUUUCUUCACAAAUCACAAACACGAGAGCACAGCUGAGAUGAUGGCGUUAAUGAGCCCAUAUUAAACUCCUCAGAAAAAAAAACAA